GUGCGCGUGAGUGCGCGUGAGUGCGCGCGCGCCUGCCGCGGGGGCGUGGCAGUAAACAGCAACAACCCACACGCCAGCCCCUCCUGGAACUCAGCGCUCCGCACUCCCUCCGGGGCCGGAAAGUGCGACUCGGCCGAGCCCGGAGGGACCCAGCUGGAGCCUGGCCUGAAUGCCAGGAUGGCCACCCACAAAGCCUUGCUGAUAUUCCUGGGACUGCCUCUCUUCCUGUUCCCAGGGGCCCAGGCCGGGAACCAGGCCCCACCUGGCUGCAGCCCAGACCUCAACCCCCUCUACUAUAACCUGUGUGACCGCUCUGGGGCUUGGGGCAUCAUCUUGGAGGCAGUGGCUGGGGCAGGCAUUGUCACCACGUUUGUGCUCACCAUCAUCCUCGUGGCCAGCCUCCCCUUUGUGCAGGACACCAAGAAGCGGAGCCUGCUGGGGACCCAGGUGUUCUUCUUGCUGGGGACCCUGGGCCUCUUCUGCCUCGUGUUCGCUUAUGUGGUGAAGCCUGACUUCUCCACCUGUGCCUCCCGGCGCUUCCUCUUUGGGGUCUUGUUUGCCAUCUGCUUCUCCUGCCUGGUGGCCCACAUCUUUGCCCUCAACUUCCUGACCCGGAAGAACCACGGGCCCCGGGGCUGGGUGGUCUUCACCGUGGCUCUGCUGCUGACCCUUGUGGAAGUCAUCAUCAACACGGAGUGGCUGAUUCUCACUCUGGUCCGGGGAGGUGGGGAGGGUGGCCCUCUGGGCAACCACAGUGCUGGAUGGGCCACAGCCUCCCCCUGCGCCAUCGCCAACAUGGACUUCGUCAUGGCGCUCAUCUACGUCAUGCUGCUGCUAUUGGGUGCCUUCGUGGGGGCGUGGCCCACCCUAUGCGGCCGCUUCAAGCGCUGGCACAAGCAUGGCAUCUUCGUGCUACUCACCACAGCCACCUCCAUUGCCAUCUGGGUCGUGUGGAUUGUCAUGUAUACUUACGGCAACAAGCAGCACAAUAGUCCCACCUGGGAUGACCCGACUCUGGCCAUUGCCCUCGCCGCCAAUGCCUGGGCCUUCGUCCUCUUCUAUGUCAUCCCUGAGGUCUCCCAGGUGACCAAAGCCAGCCCAGAGCAGAGCUACCAGGGGGAUAUGUACCCCACCCGGGGCGUGGGCUACGAGACCAUCCUGAAAGAGCAGAAGGGUCAGAGCAUGUUUGUGGAGAACAAGGCCUUCUCCAUGGAUGAGCCGGCUGCAGCUAAGAGGCCAGUGUCACCAUACAGUGGAUACAAUGGGCAGCUGCUGACCAGUGUGUACCAGCCCACAGAGAUGGCCCUGAUGCACAAAGGCCCGUCCGAAGGAGCUUACGACGUCAUCCUCCCACGGGCCACCGCCAACAGCCAGGUGAUGGGCAGUGCCAACUCGACUUUGCGAGCUGAAGACAUGUACUCGGCUCAGAGCCACCAGGAGGCCACACCACCGAAAGACAGCAAGAACUCUCAGGUCUUUAGAAACCCCUAUGUGUGGGACUGAGUCAGCAGUGCCCAGGAGAGAUAGGCGGGUCUGGGGAGGGCCCUCAGGACCUGGCCUGGGCAGGGGGCUCCCCCUUCCUCCUUGCUAACCCAGGACAGCUUGUCCUCAGAGCCAUGAGGUCCUCCCUCUGCCAAUAUCUGGGUGGGUGUCCUGGUGCCCCCCACCUACUCCUCAGUGUUUGUGGAGUCUCCGGCUUCAUGCCAGGGUCACCUCAGUGGUCACGCUCCAGCCAAAUAGUGUUCUUCUUGGGGUGGUGGCCGGUUUGCGCCUGCAUUUUCUGGAGAUUCCUGCAACCUCGGGAGAUUUCAUAGGCACGUUGGAUCUGAAUCUUGCUCCUCUGUGAGGAACAAGGAUGCCUAAUAAACAUGUUUCUGCUUUAUUAA